GCGUUGACCCUCUGUAAAUUGUCAGUUUUAAUAAUAAAUCAGCUGUGUUCCCGCCUAGUCCCCUGACCCCUGGCUGAACCUCUCCUGACUGGAACACUUGUUCGUGAAACUUGCAGGUUUGGUUCCCCGCUGCGUCCCGCUCCUCUCACGCUGCGUUGGACAGCUCCCGUGGUACCGAUCUAAAUCGGUCCUAAAUAUUUUCUCUGAUUGGACACCCAAAGCCCAGCGUCCUCCUUGCGUCACCGCUGAUUGGUCGAUCCGCCCGUCUGUCAAACGGAUUUCCUUGACAACAGUCUGAGCCGGUGAGGAGCAGCUAUUGCAGAGCCAGUGUGCGCCCAACGUCACCGGGUGUGAGCGGGGAUGGAUUUGGCAGCGAAGUCGGUAAACACGGUCUCAGCGGUCCCGUGAAGAUAACGUUCUCUCUCAAGUUUUCCUACCAGCCGUCCAAUGGCAGCACCGUCUCACUAUCAUCUGCUCAGUCUCUUCCUUUUUAACCUCCCACAUCCUUCUCCUCUCCCCUCCUCCUCACCCCGUGGCCUAUUAAUACUCCGGAGACUCCAAACUGUCUAUUAAAGCUGCCACCGACAGAGGUGAGCAGGAAUCUGACAAUCCGUGGUUUUAUGGACCUCUGCACUUGCUGUCUUCCCUUGAACAACUUCAAGUAAGGAAACACGGAAGUGGAAAUUCGUAAAAUCCAGCAAAAGCUUCAAGUCGUUGAAAACUGAUCACAAGGUCGUGUUAUGGCCAGAUACAGCUGGAGCACACCUGGAAUACUUUGGAUCCAGCAUGGACAUGGAAUUUUAGACAUGGAUAGGUGUUGAAAGGUUGGAAAAAAAAAGUUUGUUUGUUUUUUCACUGAUUUAUUUGUCAAAAUGCCAAUGAUUAUUGGGAAAGGAUGAAAAUGAAAGGAUGUAUCUUUAAAAUGGCUCGAACAUUUAAAGUUCGGGAUCACUUCUAACGAUGAACUAAGUCGACUCCAGCCUGAGCGUCCCUUUGCAGGAUGACUGCUGUCUGCCCCUUUGAGAGCAGCCCAGACGGGACCGAAGCCGGGACUGGGGCAGCAGGAACCACUGGGAACAGCUCAGUUUCAGGAGUAAAUUCCCAGGAGUCUAAUGGAGACUCGGUUGGAAGUUCUGCUGUCGGUACCGUUUCGGUUGCUGGUUACCAGAGAUACAGCCGCUGGAGCCGCCAAGACAGCUCUGACAUCAACACGGACGAUGAAGGGGCCACUGUCCGCCGCCUUACCCCGCUGGAAAGGCUGAACCUGGAUAUGUGCCAGGAUGAAAGAGUGGUUCGUGAGCUGACAGUAGGUAGAAGAAUUGCCUUCUACAAGAUUCGUGGAGAGAUUGGAUGUGGAAAUUUCUCACACGUCAAGCUAGGAAUUCAUGCACUCACCAAAGACAAAGUGGCCAUUAAGAUCUUAGACAAAACCAAACUGGAUCAGAAGACCCAGAGACUGCUUUCCAGAGAGAUCUCCAGCAUGGAAAAAUUACACCACCCCAAUAUCAUACGCCUGUAUGAGGUGGUGGAGACUUUGUCACGACUACAUUUAGUGAUGGAGUAUGCAGGUGGAGGGGAGCUCUACACCAAGAUAACUACAGAAGGAAAACUUUCUGACACUGACGGAAAGCUUGUCUUUGCUCAGAUCGUCUCUGCUGUGAAACACAUGCAUGAAAACAACAUCAUCCACCGUGACUUGAAGGCAGAGAAUGUUUUCUACACCAGCAACACUUGUGUCAAAGUUGGGGACUUUGGUUUUAGCACGCUGAGCCGCCGCGAUGAGACACUCAACACUUUCUGCGGCUCUCCGCCCUACGCUGCACCUGAACUCUUUCGGGAUGAGCAUUAUGUUGGUGUUUUUGUAGACAUCUGGGCUCUUGGGGUCAUGUUGUUCCUUAUGGUGACUGGCACCAUGCCAUUCAGGGCAGACACUGUGGCCAAACUAAAGCGAUGCAUCAUAGACGGAGCCUACAUACUACCCACCUGGGUGCCAGAGGCAUGCCAGAGGCUCAUCAGGGGAAUCCUCCAGCCUAUACCAUCUGACCGCUACACAGUGGAGCAGAUGAUUGGCUGUGAGUGGCUGCUUCCUGUGGAUUUCCCACAGGCCAUGGAGCCAUUUAAACUGGACCCGUUCUAUCUGGCUGACACUGAUCCAUCUGAGCUGCUGGAGGAGGAGCUGGAGGUGAAAGCUGCUCUAGAGACACUGGGAAUCACUGCAGAGCACAUCUUCAACAAUCAGGGAAAAGACUGCAGAAGCUCCAUCACUGGGGUCUACCGGAUCCUUCUGCAUCGGACCCAGAAAAGGCGGGUCGCUGAGAACACACCUGCUGUCACACAGAAAGUUGGUCCAACUACAACAAAUAAGAAGGAACGUCUAAAAGUGUACAGAAGUCUGCGACACACGUCCAAACUAUGUGUGAUUUUGUGACAAAAAGAGUUCAAUCCUCUCUGCAAGGCAGUUGUUUUCAUAGUCUGGUAUGAAACUGCAUGGAUAAAAUUAGAAAUGCUUUUCAGUCCAGUAGCAUAAAGUAAUGGUACUUCAGUCCAAUUCAGCUCUUGCAACUUGAGAUUUCUUAAUUUAGUAUCUCUCUUCUUGUAACGAAAUGUAGUCUCUGUGAGAAUGCUGCUGCAAGUUUGUCAUUAUUGUCUUUUUUUCUGACAAAGACCUGAAAUUUAACAUAUAAUUAAAUAUAAUUGAUCUUAAAAACACUUCAUGGUUAGAUGGCAUACAGAACUUGUUUGUGCCAUGUGAACCAUAGGUUUUUCUCUGCGCAGGAAUAACAACAAAUCAUAAAAUAAUAGUAAAAAUAAGCUAAAAUGUUAGAAAUAAAAAGUGCAAUCAGUUUGAAAGCUGAUAAAUUAUAUGUUAAAAAUAUUAAAUAUUGUCUUUGAUCUUUUUUUUUGCACCUUCCUCUAAUGCCUUAAUAAUUUCUAUGGUGAUAUGAAAACUAGCAUACUGCUUUCAUUCUUGUUUGUGAAUAAAAAAGGGAGAUUAUAUAUUUAUGUGAUAUAUCUCAAUGAGAUGUUCCUACUGCAGACCUCACUGUCCAUAUUGUUUUAUAUUAUGGCCUGAAAAAGCAAGUACAUGACAAUAAUGUGGUGAAUGAUAUGAUACCAACUAUCAGAAAUGUUAGUUGAAGUAGCAAAUGCAUUUUUCAGGUUUGACUGAAAAAAAAAAUACAUUUCAGUUGUAUAUGCCAUGCCCAUACUAAUGUAGCCUACUGACGGAAAUACAUUUUUAACUGAAACUCAUUUGUGUUUGCCCAUUGAAUAAAUAGUUUACAGUUGG